AUGUCUCACUCACACCAGUCUCCUAGCUUUGGAGCUGAGCCACUUGUUGACUUGGCUCAGAAUGUACUCAAAUACCUCUCAGCUUCUGUUGAUAAGACAGAGGCCACUACCAUCGAUGGAGCUGUCUACCCACUCGAUACCUUUUCUCUCAACCGUCGCCACGACCUGUUCUACUUUCCUCCCGGCGAGACUCAAGUAGAGUUCUCACUGCUGAGCUGGGCUGCAUACAAAGGCCUGAAUGAGGUCAUCUAUGCACUUAUCGGCAUUUCAAAUCGAAGUGAACAGCUCCAAGAUCAUCUUGAUGAUGCUCUCUUCUUGGCCCACUUUGCCGACCACAAAAAAACAGCUGAUUUGCUCAUGGACUUUGGAGCAAAUCCAGGACGAAAGUUUCGAUCUAAUGGCUUGCAUGGCGCUGCUAGACGGCGACAAAUACCUCAAAUCAAACUAUAUAUCAAAGACUUCGGAGUUCCGGUUGAUGUUGAAGAUGGGGAUUCUGCAACGCCGGUCAUGUAUGCCAUGCAGCUUGAGCAUCCGUCUGAUUUGGAGACCAUCUCGCUUCUCUUUUCAUUAGGCGCGGAUCCUCGGCUUGAAUUUGGUGAUGAGGGUUGGACUUAUGCCCAAUAUGCAUUGGCUAUGGGGAAAGGGGAUCUGGCAGAAUGGUUGGAAGUAAAACGGCAUGAAGCAGAAGCAAAAGCAAAGUUUACUGCACGGACUACUUCAAGCCGCGAAUCAAGUUGCACGAUUGGCCGGGACUAG